GAAGCAAGAGAGGAGCAUGGAAGCUGAGAAAUGCAGCAAGUAAAGUGGCUGUGGCUGCAUGUGGCUGGAGGAAUUUGAAACCUGUGCUUCAUCCACUCCCCAUUCACACCUCAACUUCUCCAUCUCCAACUGUACACUACUCUAUCUUGCAUUUCUCUCAAAAUGCUGCAAACCUUCUUCACAAUUUUGAAUAACCUAUCAAAUUCUUGCUUAACACAAGUGUCUUCCUUCUUAUAUAAUUAUCUAAUGUCUCCUCACUUCAAUUCAACAGAAUUAAAAGUAUUUUUAUUUUUUACCUUCUACUUUUCUAAUAGGGAUCACUUACCCCUCUUGAUUACUAUUAUUCUUAUGUGGUUGUUGCCUUUGUUAUUUUCAACAACUUCAAAUUUACUUAUUAACUUCAUGUUUAACAAAUACCUUAUGAGGGUAGAAAUAGAAGAAUUUCAGAGUGGUUGCUUUUGUGCAUGUUUGCAGAACCCAAAUUCCUUAUCUGUAUCUCCAUCAACAACAAAAACCUUUUCAAGGGAGCAAAGAGAAGAAACAGAUUGUCGUAUCAUGACUAAAAUCAAAGACAAUGACAUUCCUAAUAAGAAUUUGUGUGCAAUAUGUUUAGAUCCUCUGAGUUACAACAGCAAAGGCAGCAAUCAAGGCCAAGCUAUAUUCACUGCUCAAUGCUCUCAUGCAUUCCACUUUGCUUGUAUCUCCUCCAAUGUCCGCCAUGGUAAUGUCACUUGCCCAAUUUGCCGUGCCCAAUGGAGCCAGCUCCCUCGCAACCCCAACAAUAACCUCUGUGGUGAUCCUAUCCUGCGAAUUCUUGAUGAUUCUAUUGCUACAUUCCGUGUUCAUCGCCACACUCUUUUGCACUCCACUCGCUAUGAUGAUGAUGACCCUGUUGAGCCUGAUGAUGCACAUGACAUACCCAAACUGUGUUUCUCUCUUGAACUUGUUCCACCAAAUGCACAUGCUAGUCUUAACACAGCUUCACAAGUGACCAAGCAUGCCUCAUGUCAUUGCCAUCUAUCCCCUCAUCCCUUAUCCAGCAGCUCCUCAUCACUGUCACAGUCUCCACCUACGCAAACACCCUAUAGUAUAAUGUGCCCUUCCUCCAACUCCAAUACAUCUUAUCUUUCAUUGAAACUAGCCCAAGAAAGAGCAACUGACUUAGUAUUAGUUGCUAGCCCCAAUGGACCACAUCUAAGGCUUCUCAAGCAAGCAAUGGCUCUGGUUGUUUUCUCCCUCAGACACACUGAUCGCUUGGCAAUUGUUACAUACUCCUCUGAUGCAGCACGUGUGUUCCCCCUAAGACGCAUGUCAUCUUAUGGGAAGCGCACUGCCCUUCAAGUUAUUGAAAGUUUAUUUUAUAUGGGACAAGCUGACCCAGUUGAAGGGUUAAAGAAGGGUAUUAAGAUACUGGAAGAUCGCACCCACAAGAACCUCAAGUCCUGUAUCCUGCAUUUAUCAGAUAACCCCACAAGGCAAUACAAUGCUAUAAGCAUGGAACUGCCAUCUACACCCAUUCACAGAUUUCAUGUGGGAUUUGGCUUUGGCACUUCCUAUGGAUUUGUCAUACAAGAGUUCGAGAGGUUCUUGUCCAAGAUGUUGGGAGGCAUUGUUCGAGAUAUCCAGCUGAGAAUAUGUAGAACUGUAGAGGAAGUUGGCAGUGGCAGGGUCAUCAGAAUUGGAGAGAUGAGGGGCGGAGAAGAAAGGAGAGUUCUGUUAGACCUGGGUAACUGUACACGUGUAUAUGUAGAAUAUAGCUACACUGAAGGAGAUAUUGAUGAGUGUGUUAGAAGAACAGGGGAAACUGUUGUAGGUCUGGGAGACCAUAAAGGUAGUGUGACAGAAGGCGCUGAGGAAACAAUGAGGGAUAUGAAUAGGGUUGGCAGGAAUAGCAGCGUCGAAAGCUGGGAUUUUCAUGACCCUUACAUGGCAAGAAGAUGGGCUAAGCACUUGCAGGGUCAAAGGCUUUGAAAAUACAAAGAUAUCCCCACCAUUAAGGCCUCAAUUCAGUCACGCAGUAAUCGUACAGAAUUGGAUAAGGUACAAUAGAUCAUGUCUUCCUUGGCCGAAAUAAAAGAAACAGAAAAAAAAAAAUGUUAUGAUAAAGGUCAUAUUUAAUAUAAUCUAAGCAUCUGCCAACCUGCAUAGACAAUGCAA